CUUAACUUCUCGAAGAAUCGGUCCAGUUUCAUCAAUCACCUAACAAGCUCACGGCCCAUUAUGGCUCCAGCAAAAGACAGCAAGCCAGGGCCUCCACGCUCCGAAAAAUAUCUCUUGGGGGAAAAGAUGGUGGUGGAAUUCCUCGGCAAGCCCUACGAACUUGGAGAGAGCAACAUUUUCUCGGAGACCCUGAGAGAGUACACGUUCGAGCACACCCUGUCCAGUUACGCUCGACCGGGCCUUACGUUUCGAGAGCGGAACUUGCUGAACAUUGCGCUCUUCAUCGCCACCAACCGCGAACACGAGCUGCGCAUCAACCUGCUGUCCACCGCACACAACGGGCUUUCCAAGGAGGAUACGUGCGAGGCCAUUCGCCAUUGCAUGCUUUACACUGGGAUGGCGGCGGGCAGAGAUGCAUUCUUGGUAGCCAGCGAGUUGCUCGGGAAAUGA